CUACUGACACAAACACACCCUUAAGUGGAAAUUAGCUGUGCGGUACUCUAAACUGCUGCGCGGUACUCAAAACUGCUGCGCGGCGUCUGUGAGAUUAGUGCGCGGCCACGCAGCCGCCCAGCUUAAAGGGAACAUUGAUGGCUAGAUACUUAUAAAAAUUAUCAUUUGAUUGACUGUGAAAUGUACUCGUGAAGGGUGAAUCGUUGGCAGUAGUCUCCCAGUUUCUCUGGAUUCAGACAUAACGUUGGCGCGUGUUUUGGUUUGUACGAGUGGCGGAGUCAUCAAGGAGUUCUUCGGCCAAUAGGUUCAUGUUUAUUUGGAUGCUGGCUGUUUUAGGGUGGACGCGGUGAUCAUAAGCACCGUGUCACCUUACUAAACACGUAUUUCUUUUUGUUUUGUUCAACUGAACAGAAAUGGCGCUGACCCGGCCAGAACGACUUGCCGCCUUCCGUAAGAUGGCUGAGAUUGGACUUGUGGUAAAAGUAGUCCUAGUCAUGACGUCGCUGCAACCAGUGCAAAACGUGGACAUUGAUGCUGUCUCUUUUCAGUGAGAAAUAUAUCUAUUUUUUAAAACAUUUUUUUUUCUUAAAAAUAUACAAAACCCCGUAGUUCAGCCCUUAUAGGACGCCAAUGGUUACUAAUUGUAUGCAUGUCAUUGUCCUUUAACCAAACCUUAAGUCACAUUAAGUCCAACUCCAGACAUUGUCACGUCACCAGUCUGUUCCCACUUCUCCUUUUGCACGUUCUCCAAUUCUUGUUCUUCAUGUCAGCACUAAACUCAUCUUUGUUUUCCUCUCUCUCCCUUUCUCUUUCUCUCUCUCUCUCUCUCUCUCUCUCUCUCUCUCUCUCUCUCUCUCUCUCUCUCUCUCCCUCUCUCUCUCUCUCCCCCUCUCUUUCUCUCUCUCUCUCUCUCUCUCUCUCUCUCUAAUCCGCCCACCUAUCCAUCCCUUUUAUCCGCCCACCUAUCCAUCCCUUUUAUCCGCCCACCUAUCCAUCCCUUUUAUCCGCCCACCUAUCCAUCCCUUUUAUCCGCCCACCUAUCCAUCCCUUUCUCUCACUCUCACCCAAUCUUUCUCUCUUUCUAUCUCUCUUUCUAUCUCUCUCUUUUUCUCUCUUUUUCUCUCUCUUCCAUCUCUCCCUCCCCUUCUCCCCCUCGCUCUCUCUCUCCCUCUCUCUUUCUUUCUCUCUCUCCCUCCCCUAUCUCUCUCUGACUCUCUCUUUUUUCUCUUUCUCUCUCUCUCUCUCUUUCUUUCUCUCCCCCCUCCCCUUCACCCCUGGGCCAUAUUUAUAACGAUAUCGUCUGUUUCCUCACGUCGUCCAGACUUCCGUCACCACCAUUACUAGCGGGGAGCCUGGAAACCAACAACUUCCUUCUGGAUGCUGAGCGAGUUCACGAGGGCAUUGUGGGAUCGCCCAGCAGUUACGUCUUCUAUAGAGGUGAGUGGUAAACACUGGCUUUAUAACGUCUUCUAUGGAGGUGAGUAGUAAACACUGGCUUUAUAACGUCUUCUAUAGAGGUGAGUGGUAAACACUGGCCAUAUAACGUCUUCUAUACAGGUGAGUGGUAAACACUGGCUUUAUAACGUCUUCUUUGGAGAUGAGUGGUAAACACUGGCUUUAUAACGUCUUCUAUAGAGGUGAGUGGUAAACAAUGGCUUUAUGUCUUCCAUGGAGGUAAGUGGUAAACACUGGCUUUAUAACGUCUUCCAUGGAUGUGAGUGGUAAACACUUGCUGUAUACAUAGAGUUCACCAUUGAGAGUAUGUCCGUGAGUUUCAUCUCUAUAUAACCUAUACGAACGGAUGGUUCAUCAUGUUAUUCGGGUAAUAAACUUAUUUUUUUAAAAAGUACAGCGUUCAAUUUAACACGGGUAAUUACGUGUAUAUCAGUAAGUAAAUCGUGUAGAAAAAGAAGUCGGCAACCUACGGCACGCGUGCCAGAGGUAACACGCAUAGCUAUUUUCAGUGACCAAAAAAACAUUGUAACUAGUAUAUUAUAUACGUCCUAAAUGGUAAACUAAUUUUGUUUCGCACGUCGAAUGAAUUAGAAUUCUUAGGUACGCUAAUAACAAAAUAUUUUCGACCCAUGGUCUAGAAUCUAGAAUAUCCCACGGUCAGUGGACUGAGAAAUAUGAUUGGUUGAGAAUGCAAGGACCGAAAGUCGCCAAGCUUUAACACGUGGGAAAAUUAUAUAUAGAUAUAUUUUUUUACCAAUUAAAAUAUAUACAUGCCAAGUCACAGUGAGCUUUAUAGAGUAGAUGUCUUUCUAACAAAUGACGAAUACUAUCGUUUAUACAAAAUGGUGGCUUCCCUUUGUACCAAUCGGAAAGUGUCUGGUCAAUUUAAAAAUCCAACCUAUUAGAAGCCCCCUUAUCUUUUCUCUUGUUGUACCUGGCUGAAAGAGCAUCGACGGACAGAGCACUUCCCGAACAGCUCGGAUUUACAGAUGAGAGUUAAACAAUGAAGCUGUCUGUGGGGGAAAAAAACAACAACCUGGAGUUCGUCAGGGGAAACGCUGAGGUCGGCUCCACUGCCAUCUGCUUCCCAUGUGUUCAGUUCUAGUUUCGUUUCGGUGUGAUGCGUCCGCGUUUCAAACCACCCCAACGAAUGUAUCUCCUUAUGAAAGAGCACUCAAUUUGAUGUUUUGGGUCCCACAGAUGACAUCUUCGCCGUGACCGCGGGGGGCCUGGUGGUCAACGUAGCCCCGUGCAGACCGGUGACCAUAGCCGCGCUGUCUCCCAGGGGAUGCCGUGAGUAUUCGAUCUUUGCCUGUCCGGACAAAGAAGACCUCUAUUCAUUAUAGGCUUAUUAUAAUAUACAAUACACAUACUUUUUAAAAAUAAAGUUUGUAUUCGUCUUGUCAAUUGUAUACAACAUGUUACGUAUCCUUAAAUGUUUCAAUAUUACAACAACGAUAUCAAAUCAACGAGUGUAUAUACAUUGGGAGUCUAAAUUAUUUAGGUUAUUUGGAGGCGUCAUAGCGCGUGGUAGAAAGUAGAAAUGUUUGGAUUCUAAAGUGUGUUGUUUACUUAAUAUCUCAGGCUCAUAAUUCCUGCCUAAUUUAAUCAAGUAUGGGUUGACCUUAACUUCAGUGGACCUAGGGUAUCCUAGCACGGGAGUUUACUGGCAUAACAUUUGAUUACACCAACAUAGCAUUUGAAUACACCAACAUAGCAUUUGAUUACGCCAACAUAAAUUUCGAUUACGCCAACACAACAUUUGAUUACACCAACAUAGCAUUUGAUUACGUCAACAUAACUUUCGAUUACGCCAACACAACAUUUGAUUACACCAACACAACAUUUGGAAAUACCAACAUAACAUUUGAUUACGCCAACAUAAUAUUUGAAUACACCAACAUAACAUUUGAUUACACCAACAUAACAUUUGAUAACACCAACAUAAAAUUUAUUUACAACAAUAAAGCUUUUUUAAGAAUAUGAGCAUAAAUAUGUGUAUUAACUUAUUUCAUUCGUAUUUUUUUCCUGUGUCUAUCUUCAAGGCACCGUGAAGGAAUGUGGCCAUCUGAUAAGUAUCCGUCUCAACUCGGACAAUUUGCUUGUUGUGUUGGACGCCUACAGGGGUUUAUUUGAGGUGCACCCUGUCACAGGUACCUUUGUUCCUCCCACCCUGUCACAGGUACAUUUGUUCUUCCCACCUUGUUACAGGUACAUUUGUUCUUCCCACCCUGUCACAUUUGUUCUCCCAUCUUGUCGCAGAUACAUUUGUUCUUCCCAUCUUGUCAUAGGUACAUUUGUUCUAUCCACACUGUCACGGGUAAUGUGCACUGUUCAACCCUAGUGAAACACAUAGACAUACAUUGCUAAACACUAACUGUCACCAGUAGCUUUUUAUAUCUAUCCUUAUACGGUUGGUUUUAUUUUUUAAUCUACUUGUUAAAUUUUUGUUAGCUAAUUUUUUUUUCAUAUUUCUGGAAUUAUUAUCGAUACACACCCGAUUAAUAUUUUUUUAAUGUAUUACCCGAACAGCGCUUCUGAAAAAUCGUAAAUACCCGACAGUAAUAAAAAAAUAAAUAUAGAUCUAUCACAUAUUACAAUUCUCUAAGUAUAUAUGUCUGGCUGUAACGUUGUGUUAAAUAAGCGCGCAAAACGAAAUUUCCAGAAAUUAGCACUAAUUGGGAAUCUUAUAAAUUUGCGUUACUUGAAUGCCUGUUUUUUUUUUUUUGUAUUAACUUGAGUGGAUGGGAAGAUUACGCACUUCCACUGCCAUAGUUGGCGCUUUUUAAAUUAUUUUUUUACAUUUUAGAACAAUUUAAACCAACUUGGUAAAGACACCACGAAAUGGUGUUAGGUGUUGUUUUCAAUGUGAUGCUGGUGAUAUCUCACACAGGCGUGGCACGCCACCUGUACAACUCCAACACGCUGGUCAACGGCAGGGCCAGCGUUUAUCUCAACGACAUGGUGUUAAUGCAGGAUGGUACCAUCAUCGUCAGCGACUCGAGUCCAACGUUCGACUUCGCUAAUGAAUUUUGGAUACGGUUUGAAGGCAGGCCGGACGGAAGGUUUGUAGAUUUUUCUUAAAAUUAUACAUCUGGUUUAUUGACCCACCAACCCCCUGCCCUACAAACCCAUUAACUAUAUAUCAUCAACCUCCUCCUUCUUACUCCCCCCAUACCUCUCCCCUUAACCCCUCCCCACCAACCCCAUCCCCAACAACCCCAUCCCCAACAACCCAAUCCCAAACAACCCCAUCCCCAACAACCCCAUCCCCAACAACCCCGUCCCCAACAACCCCAUCCCCAACAACCCCAUCCCAAACAACCCCAUCCCCAACAACCCCCUCCCCAACAACCCCGUCCCCAACAACCCCAUCCCAAAACAUCCAUCCCCAACAACCCCGUCCUCAACAACCCCAUCCCGAACAACCCCAUCCCCAACAACCCCGUCCCCAACAACCCCGUCCCCAACAACCCCAUCCCAAACAACCCCAUCCCCAACAACCCAACCCCCAACAACCCCCCUCUCCAACAACUCCCUCUCUCAACAACGUCACUCCGUAAAAACAACGACGCACUAACACCAACACCAACACACAUGCUGGUUCAUUCUCUCACAUUUGUUUUCUCCUCAGACUGUUGGGAUACAACCCUGUCAGUGGUCAAGCCAAAGAGAUCAUGUCUGGCCUGGCCUACCCAACAGGCCUGGAGAUCACAUCUGACAAACAAGCGCUGUUGGUGGCUGAGGCGGGGAGAGCUAGGAUUAUCAGGUACACAUCUCUAUUUUUAGAGUUGUUUUCUGACGAGUAACGUGAGUAGCUGACAACACCGGGUAACACGCCUUCAGAAGGAUGACACCAAAUGGAAAAUAGCAGAUUUGACAGAACGCUUGAGUCGUUCACAUAACAGAUCCGAGUUAAUUACAAGAACAGGGUGUGACGCGACAUGGUGUGGUGCCGCCAGAUCAUGCUGACUCGAAAAACAAUAUGGGGGGAGUUGGGCGGGGGGGGGGGAGAGACGGGAGGUACCCAUGUGUAACUUGGUGACACCAACACUAGUGACACCAAACCUAGUGACACCAACCCUAGUGACACCAACCCUAUUGACAGGCGUUUAUUAUUUUGACACCUGUCAACUUUCAUUUUCGUAAUAUAUUUGGAAUCCUUUGGAGCCCCGGCCUAACAUUAUAGGGCUCCAUCCAUUAAUUAUAGAACUAGGUCGUUCAUAGACAUAGUAUAUAUACUUGUUAAAUGAUAUGUCAUUUUAAUCGCCCCCCGCCCCCCCCCCCCCACAAAAACAUUUUAAAAAAUGAGGCUAGAUAAAUCGGUUACUCCAUGCUGCAGUCUUGAGUCAGCUUAAUUGUUUAUCCGCCAAUUGAUAUAUAUGUGACUGGAACGGUUAUAUAAUGCAUUUGUUAAUGUGAUUAUAACAAUGACUUGCACGAGUCAAAUUUCCCUUGACGAUAUCUUACUGUCACAAUUGUUAUUAUUAUUUUUGUUGUCAAUUUCUCUUCUGUUGUUAGGGUUGAACUGAGCAAAGACAAGUUCUUCCAAAAAUCAAACUUCAACGGGAAUCUUCCCGGCAUGCCUGAGCACAUCAGGAAGUCCAAGCACGGCACUUACUGGGUCGGCCUCACCUACCCGAGAUACCAGGGCGAGGUGUCUGUGAUGGACCAGUAUUCCCACAUGGCGACUUCCCGAAACUACUUGGCCAAGGUAAAGGUCACCAACUUUGCAAUUCAACGGAUUUUAAAAUAUUUUUUUACAAGUUGAGUUACAAUUGAUUUAAUCGCCGAGUUUCAAUCGAGGGUGAUCUGGGGGCCACGACUGAAUACGUUAAUUUAGGGUGUGUGUGUGUUGGGGGGGGGGGUUCUUUCUCAUUCAUCUUCCUUUCUCCGUCCUGGAGGUUAGGUGAAGUAGCAUACACAUUUGAUGAAAUAGCAUACGCAUUCGAUGAAAUAGCAUACACAUUCGAUGAAAUAGCAUACACAUUUGAUGAAAUAGCAUACGCAUUUGAGGAAAUAGCAUACGCAUACGAUGAAAUAGCAUACACAUUUGAUGAAAUAACAUACACAUUUGAUGAAAUAGUUUACACAUUUGAUGAAAUAACAUACACAUUUGAUGAAAAUAACAUGCGUAUUUGAUGAAAUAGUUUACACAUUUGAUGAAAUAACAUGCACAUUUGAUGAAAUAACAUACACAUUUGAUGAAAUAGCAUACACAUUUGAUGAAAUAGCAUACACAUUUGAGGAAAUAGCAUACACAUUCCAUGAAAUAGCAAACACAUUCCAUGAAAUAGCAUACACAUUCCAUGAAAUAGCAUACACAUUUGAAAGACAUCACAUUACUACCCGGUUGUUGCUAUAAAUGUUAAGAAUCGGUUCUUGUUGUUUCUUCCUUCCCUUUUUAUAAUUUCUUUUUAGCAAACCGUUUAUCGGUUUUAGGAAUUCGGUUAUAAAACCAGUUUUAGCUUUCUACAAUGCAUUCCUUGAACUGUUAUUCUCAAAAAGCUCAGAUUGACAUAUUUUUUUUUACAAGAUCCAAACUCCAACAGUUGGAAAACGGUCAACGCAAUCUCAUUUUGAUUAGUGACGGGGGUAGUAGCCCUGAUAACUACGGUACUGAUCAAAGUUAUUAAAAUAAAACAUUUAAAUUCAAUUUCGUUCACAUAAUGUAAUGAAUGCCUAAAGUUUAUCAUGUGAAAUUAAGUAUUUCUUUCAGUGGUGGAACGAGGAAUUUUUUCUUAUAUUUGUGGUGCGCAAAAUCUACGGAUGCCCGGCUCAAUCACUGUCGGGUGGUGUUUAUUGCAUUCUCCCUUACUCCAUUGCAGCGGCGAACCGCGGAGCAGCUGAUCAUGAUGUACACACAGAGGGGUUUGGCCGUGGAGCUGGACGGGACGGGAAGUGUUCUCAGCAGCUUGCACGACCCCGCGGGGUUAAAGGUGAAGGAGGUCGUCGAGGCGAUCGACAACGACGGGGCCGUCUACGUGGCAGCCCGUCAUCAGAAGGCGGUGGUGAGGGUCAUCAAGUCACACAACGAUCUCUCGGCCGUUUCGGCCGUCCAGGUGAGAGUGGCACGCGAAACGUAAUGUAAUGGUCAUCUGAAGUCAUUGUUUGAGCUGUCAACCAGGGCCGCGCAGAGGUCGAGUAAAUCGCUCGGGACCCUGACCGCAUGGAAGCUCCAAAUGCCGGAAUUUUUAUAUAUAUAUUUUUUUUUUAAACAUAUAAACAGCUAUUUUGAAAUUAAUGGAGGGACCAAAAUUUUGAUUCACUUGGAGCCCAAAAAUUCUCUAAAUGGCCCCCGCUCUCAACUAUAAUUAGAUCGUCCAAUGCCAAAAAUUUUCUAAAUGGCCCCCACUCUCAACUAUAAUUAGUUCGUCCAAUGCCAAUAAUUUUCUAAAUGGCCCCCGCUCUCAACUAUAAUUAGAUCGUCCAAUGCCAAUAAUUUUCUAAAUGGCCCACGCUCUCAACUAUAAUUAGAUCGUCCAAUGCCAAAAAUUUUCUAAAUGGCCCCCGCUCUCAACUAUAAUUAGAUCGUCCAAUGCCAAAAAUUUUCUAAAUGGCCCCCGCUCUCAACUAUAAUUAGAUCGUCCAAUGCCAAUAAUUUUCUAACGUCCAAUGCCAAUAAUUUUCUAAAUGGCCCACGCUCUCAACUAUAAUUAGAUCGUCCAAUGCCAAAAAUUUUCUAAAUGGCCCCCGUUCUCAACUAUAAUUAGAUCGUCCAAUGCCAAAAAUUGUCUAAAUGGCCCCCGCUCUCAACUAUAAUUAGAUCGUCCAAUGCCAAUAAUUGUCUAAAUGGCCACCGCUCUCAACUAUAAUUAGAUCGUCCAAUGCCAAAAAUUGUCUAAAUGGCCCCCGCUCUCAACUAUAAUUUGAUCGUCCAAUGCCAAUAAUUGUCUAAAUGGCCCCCACUCUCAACUAUAAUUAGAUCGUCCAAUGCCAAUAAUUUUCUAAAUGGCCCCCGCUCUCAACUAUAAUUAGAUCGUCCAAUGCCAAUAAUUUUCUUUGGAGUGAGAACUGUUAUAGAAGGCAGCCUGUUGUUAUUAUAAUAAAUACAGAUUUAGCUUGAAGUUUAUCUUUUUUAUGAAACAAACAGUAACUAAUUAGUACAUAAAGCGCUCUAUAAUUGUUUUUUCCUCCGCAGGUACUUAGAAGUCGGUGUAGAAUCGCCGAUGACCAAGUCAGCUCUUCCAAAGUGAAAAUGGAGCAGGAGAUACAAAAUCGGAAAUCUCCACCUGUCGGAGGUCAGGGACCGGUCAACUUCAUUGCAUACUCAUCUUCAGACCUAGCCCCUCAAAACUUUCCGAGCCAAUUUCAGCAAAACUCUGGAAUGCUGCCAACAAAUAGGCCUCCAACACAACAAGCUCACAAGCCCAGUUUGACCCCCGCCGCCCCUGCCAUUUCUAGAUUGGAAACAAUCAGGAUGGGCCUGUCCCAGCUUCACAAUACGCUGGCCAACGUCCCGAGAUUAUCCGGUUAUCGUCCACCCGGGCCUUCUGGUUUACCAACGAGCCAGCCUAGAGUGCUGACUUCGCAGCAGUAUCCAGGGAUCUACCGACAAAGGCUUCCGGUUCAAAUGAUGCCUGGGUAUGUGAACCAGGUUCAACAGUCACCAAACAGUCAAAACGCUGCCCCGAGCAUUCAGUCGGUUGACCCCUUCCUCCCGGCGGGUGUUUUGGCCAACAACUUCGUUCAGCCCCUGAAGCAGAUACCUCAGAGUGACACCUCCGUCCCGGGUCACGCCGUCAGGGCAGAGCACGGGUCACCCACGUCCCCGCUCGUCGUCCACCGGAUGGAGAAUGGUGAGCUCGUGACCCAUGUGCUCAUAGGCAACGAUUUUAAGAUUCCGGAUCAGAGGAGCACAACGACACGCCCACCGGUCCAGAAUAAUGUUGUUGUCAAUCAACAGAACAUCAGACCUGUUCUCCCUACUUUGCCGACAGCAGAAAAGAAUCCACACGUCCCACCCCCCAACCCGACUUCUCCCAAGGCACCUCCCACAUUCAACACGCCGCCUCCGAUCCAGGAUUUACCGGGGACCCUAGGCGGAUUUUUCGAUUUAAUUCACGGAUCCUCCCAUGUUAAAAAAGACGUGACUCCACCCCCAGAGCCCACCCCUGGCGCGCCCCUUCCUGAUCACGGAGCACUGAUUCAUGCUGGAUCUCCGUAUUUCCCAGGGGCGUCACACUCCGAAGCCCACAACAACACGCCCUCCGAUUUAGGUUUGGUGGAUGGGGUUGAAACAACGACCGGUGCUGCUCAGAAACGGCUCGAAGCCAACCCGCAAGACAUUUCAAGUAAGGCGGCCACAGAUGUGCAACAAAUGCAGAUGUUCCAUCCGUCAGAACGAGCUGAAGCCAUGAACCUGGCGCAAAAUAACGCGAAUCCUAAGGCAUCCGCGGCAUCGCCCGUACCCGGGAGGGCAUCAUUUCUUAAGCAGGGACUUCAGAUGCUGCAGCAAUAUUUUAAACACGCCAAGUCGACGCCACCACCCCUGCUGGUACCCGAAGAUGUGCCCACGCAGACGCCGAUGAAACCCGACGGGAUUCUGAAACCCCACGAGACGCCAGGCCAGGUUGACAAAAAUCAAAAUCUCCGCGAACCAAACGCGAUCACAACUUCUUCGCCCCUUGGCCUGGACAAGCAAAAAGACCAGGAGAUGAUCAACGGCAUGAUAAAGCGAGAUCAGAUGGCGUCCUUCUCGGGAGCGGCAACCAUACACCCCAAUCAGCCACUCAACGACGUUGCGGUUAGAGAAUCGCAGAACGAUCUUCAAGCAAAACAUUUCCAAAUCGCUGAAGGGCAACCAUUGUCGCUGCCACCACAGUCACCGCAGCCCCUACACGGAGAGUCAGUCCCAUCGCCGGACGAAGGCAGCUACAUUAAAAUUGUUCAGGGACCGGGGAAAUAUAUUCUAAUACCAUUAACUCAAAGUACGCUUAUGCAAGCUCUCGGUGGAGUGUCGCUUAAUAAUAUUCCAAACCGUCCGCCACAAGCUUUAAAUUCACCUACUGCGAACAACGCUUUCCGUCAAACCACACAGCCCAACUGGAUGGUGCCACAAAACCCAGAACAAUACCGGUCUCCAAACGGACCUACGCAACCAGUUCCCAAUGCCUGGGGAGCCAACACACCACCCCCUGGCGCCAACUUCCAGCAGAGUCAUCCACCAAAUAGCGCCCCUCCAAAUUUCCACCAAUUGACUAUUCCCACGUGGCAUUUGAACCAACAGCAAGUGGGAUCCUCGCAACCAGGGUCAACCACGGUGGUGCCCAUGCCGAGCUGGCAAAACGUGCCAACGUCGGGUUGGCCUUUAACUCAAACCAAUAACGCUCCAACUCAGCAAACAACAUACAACAUGCCACAACCGUUGCCAGGAAGCAACCGAGCUCCCCAAGCCUGGUCCGGGGCUCAGACUUCAGCUUCCAGCACAAUGACUACACCCCAGCAAAGUUGGCAAACAUCUCAACAAGGUCGGACUACCAAUGGACCCAGCCAAAACCCAAUUGCAGUUAGCUCGCCUCAAACCCGUCGGGAGAUUGACCCGACGACGCAAACAUCGUUCCACAGUAACACGCCCGCAAAUGCAUCUGAGGAUAACUCUGGGAGCUCUCAGAUUUCUAAAUCGAGCGAUCCCACUAAGUACCAAUGGCAGACAAAUAACACACCACCCCAAAAUUGGCCCACAAUUAAUCCAUCCACACAGGGAUGGCCCACAAAUAACCCACAAACCCAAGCAUGGCCCACAAAUGGCCCACCAACACAGGCAUGGCCCAUAAAUGGCCCACCAACACAGGCAUGGCCCAUAAAUGGCCAAACAGCUAAUUCAUGGCCAACAAAUAACCCACAAAGCCAAUCGUGGCCAACAAAUAGCCAACCAGCACAGUCAUGGUCUACAAAUAAUCCAAUACAAUCAUGGCCUACAAAUAGCCCACAGACACAGUCAUGGCCUACUAAUAGCCCAACAACACAAUCAUGGCCCACAAACAGCCCACCAACACAAUCAUGGCCCACAAAUAGCCCACAGACACCGUCAUGGCCUACUAAUAGCCCAACAGCUCAACCAUGGCCUAGCAAUAGCCCACAGACACAGUCAUGGCCUAAUAAUAGCCCACCAACUCAAUCAUGGCCCAGCAAUAGCCCAUCGACACAAUCAUGGCCCACUAAUAGCCCACAGACACAGUCAUGGCCUACUAAUAGCCCAACAACACAAUCAUGGCCCACAAAUAGCCUACAGACACAGUCAUGGCCUACUAAUAGCCCAACAACUCAAUCGUGGCCCAGCAAUAGCCCAUCAACACAAUCAUGGACAACAAACAGCCAACAGACACAACUGUGGCCUACAAAUAACCCAACAACACAACAAUGGCCCACAAACGGCCCAUCAACGCAAUCAUGGCCCACGAAUAGCCCACAGACACAGUCAUGGCCUACUAAUAACCCAACAAUACAAUCAUGGCCCACAAAUAGCCCGACAACACAACAAUGGCCUACAAAUAACCCUUCGACACAAUCAUGGCCCGCAAAUAGUACACCAAACCAGUCAUUCCCAUUUCAGCAAUCAUGGUCCACCAGUAAUUCCCCUACCGAAACAUGGCCGAAAACAAUCACACAAACAUCAACUACCCUGGGUUACAACCAGCCCGGCCAAUCUUCACCACCACAAACCACCCAACAUGUGGCUCCCAAUUCCACGUCAAUCCAGCAAUUUCCAACAACAUCCAGUCAGCUUCCCACCGCGCAUGAACAAAACAACGGAAGCUACGUGCCAACGACGGUCCAAGCAAAUGACGCAACGUCCGGGAAGACUUCGCAACAGAUGGAUCAGACGUACGUUACACAAUGGCAGGCUUCACCCGUGAACUGACUCCUGUCGGACACCUUUUCUCGCAAAUUUUGACUUUGAACAAACUUGUACAGGAUAAAACAAUGACUGAGGUUAACCUGAGUUGGGCGUCUACAAGAAUUAUGAUGAUCUGCCAAGAAUGUGGGAAUUCAAAUGACUCUCGGGCGACUUCGAAUAAGAGAUGAUAAGUUCAGCUUUAGAGACUUGAUGGGGAAGGAAAUGCCAUUAACAGUUAAUCAGCGUGAACAUAAUUCUAAAGAAAAAAAAAAAAUUUUUUUUUAAACAUGCUAAACAAACCAAGUAAAUUUAAAUUCAGUGCAGAUCUAUGAAGCAUAAUUGGAAACAGUUUUCUGAUGUGAUCUGGCGCUAGGUUUAUCAGAUAUAUCUGCCCUGAGCGAUCGCAUAGGAGAUAUCUGCUGCCAGCCAGAAGCCAUGCAGAUAUGUACCAGCGGAAGCCAGAUAUCUGCCUGGCAGCAAAGACUUAAUAUCUGGCUGUCCGACGGCUGUUAAAUCUAUUUUACAUUCAGGGAAUACGUUCAGCUUUUAAUUUUCAAUUUUUUGUUUAUUUUAUUAUUUUAAACAAUAGUUUUAUACUCUCACCUGUCAACAUCUGUUUAAUAAAUACAAGACAUUUUUAUUACUAAUUUCUGUUGUGAUUUAAUUUUAAUUUUGUAUAUCUAUACUAGCGCACAUCUGACCGACAGUGGCAAACCUAUGGAGGAGCGACAAAAUAUAUAUUUUAA